AGGGACUCUUGAGAGCUCAGAUGACCAGUUCUGCAGGGGAAAGAGUGAAACAACGGUUCAGCUGCUUGUUCUAAGACUCUACUUCAAGGUGAGCAAGAGCUCUUCACUUGAAAUCCUCCCCGCGAUGCUGCUGCUGCUGCUGCUGCAGGUCUCAGCGAGCUGCUUCUGGCUGGGACGCAGCGAGGUGGUGACAUCCUUUGAACACUCAUGCACUCAGUUUUUCUUCCGGGGAACCCCCCCAAAUGAAGCCCUGGAGCCAGAGAACCCAGCCUGGAUCUGCCAGCGCCACCAGAACCGCUAUCACUUUGCCACACUGUACGACAGGAACAGGCGGAUCCCAGUGUAUUCUGCUUACCUCUACCAGCCUAAACCUUGCACAAGACCCAAAACAUGGCUGGUUGAGCCCCAGCUGAUGGGUCUAAAUUAUCCCAAAAAUAUGGAAACAGAGGAGACCCUCUUAAAGAAAUUCCACGUCAGCUUAGAUCAGCUCAGUAAGAGCCAGGCUGUCCUCCAGGACUACAAGAACCUGAAGGGUUUGAACCGUGGCCAUUUGAACCCCUGCGGCCAUCACUCCAUCCCCAGCAGCAGGGCGGCCACCUUCACCCUCGCCAACAUAGUUCCCCAGGAUGAGAAACUGAACGGCGGCGCCUGGAACAACUACGAGCAGCAAACGAUGAAGAUGAAGACCCAGGGAUGCAACACCACCUAUGUCGUCGUGGGUGCCGUGCCUGGGAACAACUAUAUCGCCAAUGGGAGGGUUAAUAUACCCAGCUACCUCUGGUCAAGUGCCUGCUGCGAGGUGGGCACCCACCACUGGAAAUCUUGGGCAGUCAUUGCUGAGAAUGACAAGAAUCAGGUCCGGCUCCUCACGCUGGGGGAGCUGGAGGAUGAGUUGACCCGGCUCUAUGGGGGGAAGCAGGUUUCUCUGUUUAGCAACAACUGUCCCCGGAAAUAAGCCCCGCUUCACUUCCCAGGUGUAAAAGGCUCAGGAGCUUUCACCACAUGCCCUACACAGUGUCUGUCCUCCUUCCUUUUCUAGACGGUUUCCAGCUCUGUCUGUCAGAGCACCUUCUCUAAUAAAAGGGAGAAAGAGCUCAGCAGAACCUCCAGCUGGUUUGCUUUUCUGCCCACCCUUGGAGGGGCCUCUGAGGAAGGAGUCUUUGCUCUGGCUGCUCUGGAGGGCCGGUUGAACAGCAGUCCAUGGGCAGGGAAUUCAGAGCUUGGGGAGAAUUAAUUGUUAACCCGCACAUACCUUCU